UAGCAGUGGACCUGACUACACCAAAAGGGUCUCUGUGCAGUUCUUGCUGUCCCGGAACUCACUGAGUAGACCUGACUGGUUUCAGACUCAAAGAUCUACCUGCCUCUGCCUCCCAGUGCUGGGAUUAAAGUUCCAGGGCUCAGGAUGCUACUGCUGCAAGCUGUCCUGUUUCUCUUAAUCCUGCCCAGUCAUGCUGAGGAAACCAUACCCGAAGGACCUGUAGUCCCUGCCCCUCCGCCCAAAGGAACCUGUGCAGGUUGGAUGGCUGGUAUCCCAGGACACCCUGGCCACAAUGGGACACCAGGUCGUGAUGGCAGAGAUGGCACUCCUGGAGAGAAGGGUGAGAAAGGAGACGCAGGUCUUCUUGGUCCUAAGGGUGAGACAGGAGAUGUUGGAAUGACUGGAACUGAAGGGCCCCGAGGCUUCCCCGGAAUUCCUGGCAGGAAAGGAGAGCCCGGGGAAGGUGCUUAUGUGUAUCGUUCUGCGUUUAGCGUGGGGCUGGAGACCCGAGUCACUGUCCCCAGCGUCCCCAUUCGCUUCACUAAGAUCUUCUACAACCAACAGAAUCAUUAUGAUGCCAGCACCGGCAAAUUCUACUGCAACAUUCCUGGCCUUUACUAUUUCUCCUACCAUAUCACAGUGUACAUGAAGGAUGUGAAGGUGAGCCUCUUCAAGAAGGACAAGGCUGUUCUCUUCACCUACGACCAGUAUCAGGAGAAGAAUGUGGACCAGGCCUCUGGCUCUGUGCUCCUCCAUCUGGAGGUGGGCGACCAAGUCUGGCUCCAGGUGUAUGGGGAUGGGGACCACAAUGGACUCUACGCAGAUAACGUCAACGACUCUACCUUCACGGGCUUCCUUCUCUACCAUGAUACCAACUGAUGGCCACUAGCUCAGAGCUUCUAAACUAAGCACCUGAGAAUCAAAGAAUAGUCAACAAGCUUUUAGCGUAGUUUGAUAGACUGAUUUCAUUGGUUAGUUUGAGGGUUCUGAAUAUUACCCACACGUGUCCUCAUUCAUUCAUGAAGUCACCUUUAUAUAUAAGAAAAUAGUUUCUGUGUUCCUAGUGCAGAAAAAGAAGCAUUUCCUGGUCUCCACUAGUCUUACAUUAUAGCAAAGCAGAAUGAAAAUAACCUUCAGUGAGGGAGCCUCGGAACACUCUCAUGGCUAUAGGAAGUAGAUGAUGCUAUUUUAUGCUCACUGUCUCUCUUGAUCUUCACCCAAAUCCUGUAGGCACAUAUGAAAUGCAGCAUCUACUCAUUUUACAGCUGAGGUCUUCAGGCUGAGUUUGUGAUUGUCUGAAGUCUCACGUGUUUGAAGGCGGCAGAGCUGAGAGUGAAGCCAGAGUAUGGUCUGUUCCCAUUGGAUGGCACCAGUUUUCAAAAGCACAUGCUUGUUUGGGGUGUUGGCGGAGGUCUCUUAACCCACCUCAUUUAAGGUUCUCAAUUUACAUCCAUCCAGAGUUUGCCCCAGCCGAGCUCUCUCAGAGAAGGUGGUCUUCUGUCUAGGCCCUAUUCCAUCUGGACUGAUACUCACUGGCUCCUUCCCCACUUUGACAUCCUCCUCUCUGUGACUCUGCUCACGCUCUUACUCCCAGUUAGGGAAAUUCCAUCCACUUCUACAAGUACGUUGUUCCCUGUCCCUCAAGGCCACCUGGAUGGGAGAUUUUCUGACGUGGCCUCAUCCCAACUCCCUGUGUUUUUCCACAGAUAAAAGUCUCUGUGUGAGACAUGUUUUUAGCCUAGGAACAGUUGCUGAACUUCCUUCCCCUCUGACUCCUCAGGAACGCUUUGACAAGUGCUUCAACACCAGCAAUCUCCUGAAUCCCAUCGUUAUUUGUAGUUUACUUCACUUUCUACAAUACUCAGUCUUAUCUAAAGAACCAUCCCAUUGAGGAACCCUGUGGUCUUAAGCACCCAAUUCCUGUUCGAAGGGACGGCUUCACCUUUCCCACUGAGGUGAAGGAUGACAGUGCUUUCCAUAACACCAGCAGAAUUCUCCCUCAAAAAAAGUAAUUUCGCCUUGGAACAAAAAGUAUAGAGGAAUGGACCUCAUUCUUUCUGUGAGCACCAACAAAGUGGAGGAAGAGUUGAGGGUCCUGAAUUGAUUCUUGUUUUCCAAGGAUUACAGACAGAAGCGCUGGGAGAUGGCUUUGUGUUUAAGAGAUCUAGCUGUUCUUAGAGAGGACCCGGGCUCUGUUGCCAGCACCCACACCUGACAGCUCGCAGCUACCUGUGACUUCAGUUACAGGGCAACUCCUGGCUUCUUCAGGCAUCGCAUGAACACGGUGCUGGUAAAUAUACCCAGGCACACACACAAACACAUAAAAUAAACAAAAAAAAAAAAUCUUAAGCUACAGAUCGCUCUUUAUAAGAGGCAAAGCCCUCUGCUAACUCUACCAUAGGAGCUGGUUAAAUAUACUUAGCCCAAGACCUUGAUUAAUGAGGCCUUUAAGAAAGGAUCACCUCAACACACACUGCCUGGCCCUCAUGUGUGCUAAGAUUGUGAAUAGGAUUCCCUGGCUCCCCCACAGUCUUACAGUUCUUCAUUCUUUCUAUCUGUGAGCAGUGGGCACGUGCAGCCCUCAGGCAGAUACAUGUGGCUGAUGCAAAAGUGUUACUUGGGAUCAGACCUAGAACCUCUACACAGUAGUCAAGCGCUCACCACUGAGCCAUAACUCAAGCCCUGAAUUGGGAUAUUUUAAAACUGACCCUCAAAGCCAAGAGAUGCUUGGAAAUUGAAAAACACAAUGAUGCUUUUUUUUUUUUUUUCAAAUGACUUAGCUUACAGCCAUUAACAAAAGUCUUUUGUAUAAAUUAUUUUUUAAAAAAAAGAGUUACAAGUGGCUCACAGUGGUAAACGUACCCUCGUACCCUCGGGAGAAAACUGCUUAAGUAAAACACUUUAAAGGCUUAGAAAAAGAGUAAAUGAUGUCUGUGCAAAUGUUGCUUUGUUUUCAAAUUUAGGUUCCGGAUGAUUCCCUUUGGUAGGGAUGCUGGAGGCGUUGUCUUUUAAAGUGUUUGCUACUUGUCAUUUUCUACAAAUAGAGAUCCAUUCCAAUGCUGUGCUCGACUUCUGCUUUUAUCUCUGGAGAAACAUUUGGGAUUGACAGAGGGAUAAGCUGUGACUAGGGAUGCUAUGUUUCAAGUGGCAGAAUAGCCAACCUCAAAUAGGACAGGGGAAAAAAUAGAGCUAUGACCCUUGGCUGGGACCUCGGCAGGUUACUUGUGUGCUCCUUCCCUCCUCCAUUCUUGUCUCUCUUGAAUCCUUAGGUCUGCUGCUGCCUGUCUGCCUUAGUCCCUCCUCCUAGCUCACCAGCUGCCAUCUUUGCCCUGAGCCAGGUACCCCUAGUUCUGCUCUACCAUUCUUCGUGAAGCUGGACCCUAAAUCCUGCUGAGGACAACUCCACAGUCAGUCUCCUUCCCCCCUCCUUCUAUCUGCCCUCCCAAUCCAUGGUACCAAUCUAGAACUGCUUGGUUCUGAACCCAGAACUCUAACUGGAACUUCAUAUCUGGGACUAGAGGCAUGGCGAAGCCUAAAACCCAGAGUGACCCGAGACUGAAAACUAAGUAUGACAGUGUGGGGCAAGAGCAACUGGAGAACCAAACGCCCACCCAACAAAAGUAGGACUAGAUUCUACCCCAACACAUAUCACAGAUGUCGUAAUUCCAGAUGCCUAUUUCUCAAUGCAAAAACAAAAACACAAUCAAUCAAGACAGCACUCCUCGUCCAAAGGCCAGCAACUCUCUGUGAUAUACCCUGAGAAAACUAAUUUAGCUGAAGCAUAAGACAGUGAUUUCAAAAUAGCAAUUUUGAAUAUGUUCAGGGACUUUAAAAGGAUAUGAGUAAAUCCCAGAAUGAAGACACAACAUUGGAUGACAUGAAAAUAAUUCAAGACAAGAAAGUAGAAUGUAGCAGAGAAAUAGUAUCACUAAAGAAAAAACAAACUGAAAGAAAACUAAAAAUGAAAAACUCAGAAGUAAGCGUCACCAACAGAUUAAAAGACAUGGAAGAGAGAAUUUCAGGUUUUGAAGAUAAAGUAGGAGAAACAGGUCAGAGAAAAUGUUAAAUCUACAAACUUCCAAAAAUGAAACACCCAGGAAAAUAUGGGAUACCAUGAAAAGACAACACAUACAAUAAAAGGUACAGAGAAAUGAGAAGAAAACCAGGCUGAAGGUACAUAAAAUAUUUUCAACAAAAUCAUAGAAAACAAACAAACAAACCUAACUCUAAAGAGAUAUCAGCAAGGUGCAAGAAGCAGACAGAACGCUACAUAGCCGAGGCCAGAAGAGAAAGUCAUCAUGGCGCAUAAUAAUCAAAACACUAAAGGUGAAGAAUAAAAAAAGGAUAUUAAAAGCUGCAAGAGAAAAAGACUAAGCUACAUAUGAAGGCAAGACUGUUAGAACAACACCAGACUUUACAGUGGAGUCUCUGAACAUCAAAAGGGCGUGCAUUGUUGUCUACAAGCUCCGAAAGACCACAGAUAUCAGCCAGGACUAUUCUAGCCAGAAAGAGUACCACCACAAUCAAGGGAGAAAAAAAAUUCAUGAUAGAAACAAAUUUAAACAAUUUUUGUUCAUCAAUCCAGUUCUACAGAGGUCACUAGAAGGAAAACCUCAGCAUGAAAAGGUUAAUCACACCCAAGAGGACACAGGAAUAAAUAAUCCCAUAAUAGUUAAUCAAAAAAGGAAAAAAAAUACUAUCACAACAAAAUAACUGGAAUUAAUAAACACUUCUCAAUAAUAACUAUCAAUGUUAAUGGUAUCAAUUCCCCAAUAAAAAGACACAAACUA